AAAAUCUGAAGAGGAAACAAAACUUUUUAUCCAAGAAGUCACAUCAGUGUUUUACUAUAUAUUUGAAAUUAUUAUUAAUGGCGAAAUGACAAUAGAUUUUUUGAUCACCCUAAGAAACAAAGAAGAAGUUUUGUUUGGUCUUAUGGAAGUAUUAAAAGUCGAUUUUUUAGACAAUUUUAAAUCAAGAUACCGUUUACGUUUGAAAGAAUUAUAUUGGCUUACAAAAACUAAUGAGAUUGUAAAUUAUACACAUCAUCUUUGCAAAGAAUUACUUCCAAGCACUGUCAAAUCUGAAGUGUUAAAAGAUGUAGUUCGUUUAAAUUACUCAGCUCUAACUUUUAAAGAAAUUUUUGUGGAUAGUACUCCGAAUGAAAUUUCUGAUUUUUUAGUUGUUGGUGAAUUUGAUAGCCGAAUUGUAUCAAUUGAUGAACAAGGAUUUGUUAAUAAAUUGUGCAAGUACUUUAAAAUUUAUUUGAGGUGGUUUGAAUAUGCAUUUCAAAUUACAGAUUGUAAAGUGAUGAGCAGUAUUUUGUUCCAAAACGAAAUUCAAUUAGUUGCAAAAAAGUUUGAAACAAACAUGGUAAAAAUCGAAUACACUCAACUAUUUGAUGAGAUUAUAUUACCAACAAUCAAAAAUUUAAAAACUUUGUUUGAAAGAAUAGUUUCAUGUAAAAUAUCUCCAUCUGAUGUGGUUCUAAAAUUUUCUGGAUACAAUCAACUUGAUAUCAAAAAAGAAUUUUUUUUAUUAAAAAAAUUGUUAACGUUGAGUUUUGAAGAAGCGGAUAUCGAAACCUGUUUUGAAAAAAUAAAUUGUGUGUUUUUAGUUAAAAAAUAUUCGAACAUUGCAAGUGAAAUACAUCAUGUGAGAAAAAGUCUAAAUUUACGUGGUGAUUUUACUUGUGUUGAAAACAUGAUGAAACCCUUAAAUGAAAUCGAAAGUUUGCAAGAUAUUGACAAAGAUCUAAUUUACUUGGCUGGUUCCAUUGAAAGGUUUUCAGACAAUAUAUUUGAAAUAUUUAGAGCUAUUUCAUCAUGUUUACAACUUUUUUUUUGGCUAAAAGAUAAUCUCAAAGAUCCGAAGGAAGUAAAAGUUUUUGUUGAAAUCAUGUCGAUAGCUGCAGGUGAAACUGAUGAUGAAGUUGAUCGAGUAAAAUGUUUUGAAUCUUGUUGUCUUGCUUUUAGCCACUUAAUAUUUGAUCUGAAUGAAAGUUCUGGUUUUAAAGAUCUUUUGCAGGCCUGUGAACAAACUGAAAAAAUUAUGUUGAGUGAUAACGAUAUUCUUAAAAAGCUGACUUGUACAAACCAUUCUCUUGAGUGGUUUAAAAAUGCAAAAAAAUCACAAGGAUCAGUGGCAACAAAGUCUGUAAUGGAAGCACAAAUUGCCAACCGUAAAGGAUGUUUUGUUAUUGGAAAUGAAAAAGGCAUUUAUUUGGAAUUUUUAGAUUUUAAUCUGGCAGAUGUUAUAAAGUUCCAAAUAAAAAAUGAUGAUUCUACUGUAAAAGUUUACAGUUUAGAAGAAAUAAAUGAUUUGCAAAGUCGUUUAAUGUUGGUAGGAACUAAUAUUAGUGAAGAAUCAAUUCAAAAAAUGCAAAAAGAAAAAAACUAUUUUGUUACGGUGAGGUUUUGUGCAAACUAAUAUUGUUUUUAACUG